AUGAAUACAAAGAAUAAAAAAAAAAGCAAAUAUAGAUAUUGUGCAUUUGUAGGAUCAAAAAAUUCUCAUUUAUAAGCUUUACAAGAAGAAAAAAUCAUCCAUAAAGAUCAAUUCAAUGCAUUUCAUUGUAAGAAAGAAAAACUAUUUGCACGAAUUAUUAUACCAGAAAUAUAAGAAAAUGGAUUUAAAUUAUCGGUGCAUAUUUCAAAAUAUUACUAAUAAUUGUACCCUUUUAAAAAUGUUGUGUUUUUUUUAACUAAAAAUGAUUUAGAUACCUUUAAGAUGGAAUUUAAACAAAAACCUUUAAAUCCUAUAAAAUUACUUAUAUUAUGUAUUUUGCUUUAGUUUGAAUAAAUGCUAAUAGUUUUAGAGACAGAAGAUUAAAUUGCAUAAUUUAAAGAAAUUUUAAAAAAACUUGAGUUUUAAGUAACUAAUGCAUGCGAAUAAAAUAAAGUUUAAACAAAUUAUACAUAUACAACUAAUGAAAGGUUUCGUUUUGAAUUAAUCUAAAAAAAUACUAUAAACAUGGAUUUGGAGACAAAAUAUUUGGAAACAAAUUUUAUUGUGACAAAUCCUAUAGAUAGUGUCAAUGCAGAAAUAGUAAUAGUAAAUGGAGCUCUUUUUAAAGGUCAAAAAUUGUAUAUUGAUAAAGAAGAAAUUUUAAUUUAGAAGAUAAUAUCAUUUAACAAAGAGAUAGCGGUAGCUUUAGAAGGUAUGAUAGUUCAGAUAUAAAUUGAUAAAAAAAUAUAGUUACAAGAAGGUAGUAUAGGAAGUUAUACAUAAAUACUUUUAGAAGAGAUUCAAAUUGAAAUUUAUUCUUAACUUCCUGUUUAAGAAAAAUAACUUUUAUGUAGUGAUUUUUUUUAUUAAAUUUGUAAUUGGAAGAAAAAUAUAAUUUUUGAAAAGAAUUAGAAAAAAGUAUCAAUAACAUUAUAAUUUUCUAUGAAAAGAUAAUUAUUAAGUUUUAGUAGAUGGGCUAAUAUUAUAAGUUUUACAUAGUUUAAGAGUGAAAUUUAAGCAAUAGGUAUGAUUCGUUCAGUUCCAAAGAUUGUAUUAUAACCAGGAUUAUUAAUGCCAACAUAUGGUUUUGAAUAAUAGUUUAAUGAGGAAAGUGAAUCAAAGAGAAAAUUUAUAUGUAAAUGCAGAUUUUGUAAGUUGUCAAUAAUAGACAGUGUAAUGAUACCCUGUGGACAUGUAAGAUAUUGUAAUGGUUGUGCUUAUAUAAUGAGAGAAUGUUAUUAUUGUGAUUAAAAAUCAAUUAGUUAUGGAGUGAUUUAAAUAAAAGAAUGUAAUCCAAAUUUACAUAGAUUAUUAAUAUAAGGAAGUUUAGAAGAAAUGUUUUUAGAUCAUACAAAUUUUAAAGUAAUUCCAAAAAUGAUAUAAUUUGAAUUAGAAUAAUAAAUAUAAAGUCCAAAUUUGUAUUUUAAAUGUAUAAAAUGCAGAAAAGAAUUAAUAUCUUACAUAUUGGUGGAUUAAAAAUUGAAAUAUGAAUUUGUAUGUAAUUAUUGUGCAAAUAAAGCAAAUAGAUAAGAAUGGAAGAUUGUGAAAAUUGAAUAUUAAUGUUUAUGA